CAGGAGAGGAAUUACAGUCACAACAGGACGCACUAGUACAUGUAUUAACCCCAUAGAUCUGAUCUAAUACUGACAUCAGUUCAUAAGGAUUAUCAUCGCACGCGCUUGUCGAAAGCGCAGUAAUUUAACACCUCAGUAACCACGCUCGGCUCACCACAGAGCACUCAGUCUUCGGCUGAUCGUGACCGUUGAGAGUUCUGGUGCAGCUCUGUCGCUUGUGAGUCUUUAUCCAUCGUGUGUUGGUCAGUGCCACGUUCUCAGUUCUUCAGUGGCUGGAUAAGAAUGAAUUUAGCAAACAGUAACGCGUCCCUCAAACUCGUCCUCCUCGUCACCUUAUUCGCGAACUGUGCCGUUGCCACUGAUUGCCCUACUGAUGCCACAACCAUACGGCGACACCGACGUCAGCUCGACUGUAAGCCGAUAGAGACUAAAUUCUGCUACAAGGAAGACUGCACAAGAUGCUGCACCUCAGACACCACGUGUAACCCGAACCCAGCUUUACUCAUGUCUCGGGGGGAAUGCAAGCAGGUCUUGUGUUCGUCCAUCAAAUGUACGUACCCUGGGGAGGUUUGUGACCUCACUAGUGCCAACCUACCGCAGUGCAGAUGCCCUCAGGGUUGUCCUGGUCCAGCGAGCUGGAGCCGUCUGUGUGGGAGCGAUGGGUUAACUUAUAUAAACGAAUGCGUCUUGAAUCGAACUGCGUGCAUUCUUGGAGAAAAACUACAUGUCAAGCACCCGGGACCUUGUAUACCAAAAUCGAAGCGGCUCGAGGUAAGUCCUUCACACAAGCGUACCGUCACCUUAAUCGCUUUCAACCUUGGACAGAUCACGUGCUCAUUCACGCGUGAUCCCGUGUCUGUCACGUGGUCUAAGAAAGAUAUGGACGUCCUUCCACCUCAAAUGAUCCCUCGCAAGAAUACCCUAGUUAUCCCGGACGUGCGGGUGUUUGAUGAAGGGGUGUACACAUGCCAGGGGUACGAUGGCUUCUCAAUGGCGGAAGCGACAAUCAACGUGACUGUAGAAGUCAGCAAAGACGGUGAGGACAAAGUCCAGACGAUGUCACGUGCUGCGUGCAUGCUACCCCGUCGCCAUGGUUACUGUCGUCAGCAUGACGCGCGCUGGCAUUUUGAUUCUGUCACGAAAUCUUGUCAGGUGUUCGUGUACAGCGGAUGCGGGCGCAACGAGAACAAUUUCAAGAGUGAGAAGGAUUGCCUGCAGGCAUGCGGUCGAUGGGCUGGUGACAUCUGUCAGCUUCCCAAGCUCCCAGGCCCCUGCUCGGCCUACGUUCCCAGAUGGUACUAUAACGCUAAGCACAGACGCUGUCAAAAAUUCGUCUAUGGCGGUUGCCGAGGUAACGCAAACCGAUUCAAGAGUCAUCGCUCAUGCGAAAGAAGCUGCAAAGCGCAGAGCCCAGACAUGACCCCUUGCGUCAGGCAAUACACAGAAGCUACAAAGAGCAACAGACGCGGAGUGUUCAUUCCCAGGUGUACCGGGGAUGGCAAGUACGAAUUACAGCAGUGUCACGGCUCAGUCUGCUUCUGCGUUGACGAGUCAGGCAAUGAGGAGCCUGGCACGAGAGUAUCACGUGGUCAGAAAGCAAAUUGCACCGUCAAAAUGACGCUCAAAGCAUCCUCCAUGCCAUGUGAAGUUGAGAGGUCAACGAAGUCAAGCAGUGACGUCACCGAUCACGUGCCUCAGUGUAAAAAGACCGGUCACUAUGAAGAAGUUCAGUGCAGCGCGUGGACUGGGUACUGCUGGUGUGUUGAUACCAAUGGAACUGAAAUGGCAGGGUCCAGGACCAGAGAACAUCUGAGCUGCCCUUCUCUCGGAACUAAGCCUAGUAAGUGCCAGCUUGAGUACAUAAAGACGUUGAAGGAAGGCCAAGGUGUUGUGCCUAGAUGCACGGAGGAUGGGAGAUAUGAAGCUAUGCAGUGUCGCGGUCUGUCUUGCUCGUGUGUCAAUCGUGACAGCGGCACGGUCAUACCUGGAACAAAUGUCAACACGAAGAUUGGAUACCCACAGUGCCAAACGCCAGAUGGCUUGACAAAGUGUCAGCGGCUACAACUCGAUGCCAUGCGCAAGUCGGCAAAGUACGUACCACGGUGCAAGAUGAACGGAGAGUUCCAGGAAACGCAGUGUGACGCGGGUACUCAGGAAUGCUGGUGCGUGGAUAGCAGCGGGGACAUCAUUAGCGGGAGCAGGACAACGAGUACAAUAACGUGCCCCAUCUUAGGCUCUUCUUUGACGCCGUGCCAGAAGCACUACCAGAAUACAUUGCGACGGCGUUACAAUCCCAUUAAUCAGCGCGCGCCACGCUGCAAAGCAAAUGGCGGCUUUGAAGAAAUUCAGUGUCACGUGAGGGAGUGCCAUUGUGUAAAUGAGGACGGGAAUGAGGUGAAUGGUACAAGAAUACAUGCGCCCGGGAGGCAGCCCAACUGCACAGUUCCAGAGGUUAACACCACCCCAUGUGAGCGAGCUCAGCAUUCCGCACGAUCUUCUGACACCUUCGUACCCUGGUGUAAACCAGACGGUAGCUGGCAAGAGGUGCAAUGUGAACACAGCUCGGGAGAAUGCUGGUGUGUGGAUGGAAAUGGCCAAGAAGUUAAGAAUACAAGAACAUUACAAAAGCCCCUGUGUGCAAUUCAUGGCAAGGCAUUGCGGGCCGAAGUAUCAGGUUCCUGCUGGUCCCUGUACGUAUCACUGCUAAGGGCGUCCCGCAAGACAGGCUCUCUGCCUUGGUGCACGAGUGACGGGCACUUCAACCCCAUGCAGUGUCAUGGAUCGUUCUGUUACUGCGUGUACGACGACGGAGUCGAGGUUCCUGACACAAGAAUUAGUGUCGCAGUAGGGAGGCCGACUUGUAGUAAGAGUGGAGCCGGAAGUUUGACGCGUUGUCAGCGUGAAUACCGACGAGCCGUGCUUUAUUCAAUGACAAAUGGAUACGUGCCCCUCUGCAAGCAGGACGGCCGGUUUGAAGAGGUCCAGUGUCGUGGAGAUGUGUCUGAGUGCUGGUGCGUGGACCACGAGGGCCAGGAACUACCAGGAACACGCUCCACUAAACUCAUCAAGUGUCCAGUUAUUGGUGGCCCUCUGACUGAAUGCCAGCGUGAAUACCAGAAGUACACAAGGAACGCAUCGGUGGCCGCUCACGUGGCGCCUCGCUGUUCGGAAGAUGGCACGUAUGAGCCGAUGCAGUGCGGUACAAGAUUUUGCUACUGUGUUGAUUUGAAUGGGAAUGAGAUACCGGCCACACGCAACAAGAAGCACGUGGGAAUGCCAAUUUGUACGAGGGACAGCAAGCAGCGGCUGACCUCCUGUCACCAGCACAUCAUGAGGGCACUCCAGGCCCCACGCAACCAGCGUGGUCACGUGCCAAUUUGUAAGAGUGACGGGCGAUAUGAAGAGGUCCAGUGUUACGGCAAGGAGUGCUGGUGCGUAGACAAGCAUGGCCAGGAAACGCCAGGAACUCGCACCACAGGCCUGAUCACAUGCCCUGCCUCAGUCCACGUGCUCAGCCCGUGCCAGCAGCGGUACCAGUCCACUCUCCGCAGUUCCCUCAGGCCUGUGCACGUGCCUCGCUGCAACCAGUACGGCGCGUAUGAAAAUGUCCAGUGCAUAAAAGACAGCUGCUUCUGCGUCAAUAAUCAUGGUGUGGAGCUUUUUGGAUCCCGUGUACAGGCCGCAGACCAGUUGACAUGCCGAGGACGUGGCCCUACCAUAUGCGAGCGCCAGAUGCAGAUAUUUCGCCGUAUGAAGAAGAGAGGAUUGCGCGAGCCCCUCUGUAACCCUGACGGCUCGUUUUAUCCCGUUCAGUGCCGCGGUGCGCAGUGCUACUGUGUGGAUAACCAUGGUGUCGAGGUGGCAGGCAGUCGCCAAAGCUACAUCAAGGGACAUCCAGUCUGCACCAAUCAAAGUACAGCCGUAUCAUCACUGACGGUAUGCCAGCAGCAGGUCCGCUACUCGAUCCAGUCCCCUCUUGGCGGAAAUGCGCCGCGGUGCAAGGAGGACGGUCGGUUCGAGGAGAUUCAGUGUGAUCACGUGACGGGGUUCUGCUGGUGCGUAGACGACUCGGGCACGAUCAAGGAAGGCACGAAAACAAACGGAACGAUCGCGUGUGGAAACGCAAAUAUGAACACAAGAUGCUGGGAAGAGUACGUCCAGUCUGCUAGAUCUGGCCGAGAUGGAAUCUUCACUCCCUGGUGUACCCCAUCGGGUGCCUAUAACCAUCUGCAACUUCAAGGCUCUUAUUACUUCUGCGUCAACGCCCGCGGUAGAGAAAUCCUGGGUACUAGGGUCAGCGUAGCUCUGGGUAGACCGGACUGUGGGGGAAUGGUGUCGGCACGAUUCAUACCAUCACCAUGCCAACGUAUGCAAGCCAAACAAGUCUAUGCGCCAUUGUCGCUAGGCAGUUAUAUACCAGCGUGUAAACCAAACGGUAGCUUUGACAACAUUCAGUACGAGAGCACGUACGGACAGAGUUGGUGUGUGGACAGCGAGGGCAAAGAGAAGAAAGGCAUGCGCACAGCCGGGCUCAUCAUAUGCCCACCCAACGCACCGCUGUCCCGAUGCCACCAGACACGUCAAUCAAUCUUCAGUGCGAUCGAGCAUGCGCAGAGCGCUCCGCUCUUCAUCCCCACGUGUCGAGAUGAUGGCAGCUUUGCAGACGUACAGUGUCAUGGACUUACUGGAAAUUGCUGGUGCGUGGACAUGAAUGGUAUAGAAAUACCAGGAAGCGUUACCAGAGGGCAUCGGCCUGACUGCAAAAAAGCAGCACAAACGACCUCAUGUCAGAGGCAACGCACAGCCGCCUUGGGUCUGACUGGACGACCAAAUUCAGCACGAUAUUUACCUCAGUGCAAGCCGACCGGUCGGUAUGAAGAGGUGCAGUGCCAUACGGGCACCGGAUUAUGUUGGUGCGUGGACGAGAGGGGACAGGAAAUCACUAGGACACGCACGUGGGGCUAUCCUAGGUGCCACAUGGCCCCAAAGAGAGAUGUAUUCCCACUGGAUCUAGCAAUUCUAAUUCCAUCCGCAUCCACUACCACCCUACCCUCCAUCAAGGCAUUCUUGCAGUCCCUAGUAUCUCACCUGGAAAUCUCCCGUCGCAACACUCACCUCAGCAUCGUCGUGUUCUCCACCGAUGUACGAGCGCCUUUGACCUUCUUCAACCUUCCUUGGAAUAGCGACUCCGAGAGACGAGUACUAGACGUCAUUCGCAGCCUGAGUACUGAUUCUACGGAUGCAAGGCUUGACCGCGGACUCAAGUACGUGGAGGAUGAAAUUUUUGCCGAGUCGAGUGGAGAGAGGACGGAUUCCCAAAAGGCGCUCUUCGUCGUAAUGGAUAAGGCUCAUCCGCUCGACCAAGAUGGUAUCGUUUCACUGGGCGUGGCUACACGUGGUUUGAGGAAUCGCGGUGUUCUGAUUGCGACCGUCGGCGUGGGACUGGACGCUAGGAUCGAAGACUUGCUCACGGUAGCAUCUGACCCAUAUCACGUGUUUACCGCACGGGGGUAUGACGAACUUCCGGAAAACGGGCAAGUGAUGGCGGAAGUGAUAAAAAAUGCAACAAGGGACGUGCGUAGAGUGGAGGAGCAGUGUAACCAGGCAAAUGAUGUUGGACAGCUAGGCUGCCAGGCCUCUAUCCCUGCCUGGCAUUAUGACAGUGUUACAGGGCGGUGCCUGCAGUUUAGGUUCAGCGGUUGCGGUGGUAACGCGAACAACUUUCCAAAUCACGAGUUAUGCAGGAGAAAAUGUGGAGGAGUGUUGCCGCUGUGUCUUGCCGAGAGAAGGCGGCGGGCACAGCUAGUUCUCGGGCACUUUACUCCAAACUGCACAUCGUCUGGUCGCUAUGAGCAUAUGCAAUGUUACGGUACAUCCGGGACCUGCUGGUGCGUAGAUACCCAUGGACGAGAGAGACCUGGUACUCGAGUGAAGGGAGGGUUCCUCGUAUGUAACCAAGUGAAAGCGCAGCUUUCUUUAUGUUUAAAAGAACGUCGUAGAGCACUCGGGUUGUCGAGUGUACCGACUCAUGGCCGACAUGUACCCGACUGCUUACCGAAUGGGGAAUACGCUCAAAGCCAAACAAUCGGGAAUUCUAAUUUCUUCUGGUGUGUUGACGCUUUUGGGGCAACUAUUCCGAGAUCGCAGCGAUGGGGACGGGCUGCCUGUGCUACAGCAUCAGCCUGGGAAUGUCCGAAAAAGUGUCCGGACGCGAAAAUCAGCGUGGAAUGUUCCAGUGACAAGGACUGCGCAGCUGGUUUCAAGUGCUGCUCAUGCGGCGGUGGGAAAAGAUGCACGUCUCGGAGAUCGCCCAUAUCAGCACCUAUGAGCUGUGAGUUCGAGCGUCAGCAGGCAAUGUCAAACUCGUUGUUGAAUUUCGUGCCGAAAUGCGCCAAGGACGGGAGCUAUAAGCAUGCGCAGUGUCUUGGCAACGUAUGCUGGUGCGUUGAUCGCCAUGGCAACGAAAGACCUGGGACUAGGAGCAUCGGGAGUGUCAAAUGCGAGUCUAGGGCCACCAUCAGUCCAUGUCAGCGUGAAGCUGCGCAUGCGCGAUCCGCUCGUAGACUUUCUGGAUUUCCCUUCUUCGUGUCCCAGUGUCAGCCAGACGGCGGCUUUACCCCUCUCCAGUGCCACUCGGCUACGGGAUUCUGCUGGUGCGUAGAUGGCAAUGGAAACGAGCUUGCCGGCACAAGGGUUUGGGGCCGGAACAACUGCACAGAAAUCAAUGAGACGAUGACAAUGUGUCAAUACCGCCGCUUGGCGUGUGAGCGGCACGACAAGGGUGUCGAGUGUUUGCCCUCAUGUACCUCAGACGGCUCGUACAAGGAAUUGCAGUGCAUUCGAGACGAGUGCUGGUGCGUCGACAAAUAUGGCUACGAGAGACAGGCUACCCGCAUGAUAGGGAGAAAACACGACUCGUGUGGUCUUUUGGCUUGGCUGACCCCCUGUCAAAUCCAGCGAAGAUCCGCCCUCGGUCUGGACGGAAUACCUGUGGUUGGACGAUUCUUCCCAGAAUGCAAAGCAGACGGGUCUUUCACGUCCUUACAGUGUGAUCCCGCAAAACGCGUGUGCUGGUGUGUGACGUCACGUGGUAUAGAGGUCCCGGGGACACGUGGAAUGCCGGGAGAGCGACCAUACUGUGGAAAGGAAAACUUGUGCGAGGAACGGCGUGCGCAUGCGUUAAGUACGACAAACCGAAGCUUAGAAUGUCUUCCUGAUGGCAGCUUCAAGCCGAGACAAUGUGAUGGCGAGUUAUGCUGGUGUGUAAAUAAAUACGGGAACGCGCUAUUCGGGACCAUCAGCCCUAACCGCACCGCCUCGUGUACAGGCCAGGGCUUGCCGAUCUGUCAUUACCGCUACAACAUCGCCAUGCAGCAAGGAUCACUCUACGCACCCUCAUGCCGCCCUGAUGGUAGCUACAGCCCGAAGCAGUGUGACGCCAGGACUGGGGAAUGCUGGUGCAGCGAUAGAAAUGGGCAGGAAUCAGCCGGCUCGCGGAGGAAGGGAAAUGUUCAUUGUGACAUGCGAGAUGAUCUGUGCUUCCUGCCUUUACAACGCGGCCCUUGUAAGGAAUUUCUUCCCCAGUGGUACUUCAACGCUUCGUCUGGCGCAUGUGAGAUCUUUCUCUACAGUGGCUGCGAUGGCAACAACAACAACUUCGAGACGUAUGACAAGUGCUUCGCUACGUGUAAUGGGAAAUCUUUGACACUAUGCCAGCAGCAGUAUCAGCAAUCCAAGUUCCUUCUCAACUCAAGGUUUCUUCCCAAGUGUAAAGAGGAUGGUAGCUAUGCAAGUGUUCAGUGCUUUCAUGGAGACUUGGAGUGCUGGUGUGUCGAUAAGGACGGAGAGGAGAUCAGGGGCACGCACACGUUUGUAGGACCGCCACUGGAUUGCAAUGAACGGGGUAAAGAGACAUCGGUUGGAGGACGCGUUCAUCUGUAACCGCAUCGCUUGUCGGUCGUACCCUCUAGGAGAGGUUCAUGUUACGGGAAUUGAUGGAAACAAGAAAGACCUUUCUUGUUGUUAUCAUUUUUUCUUCACCUGUGGCCUCAUUGUGUAAAUUAAUUAUCGUAUAAGUUAAAAGGGGGAUUAGUAGCGAGGCGAACGCUGUAGAUAAUAAAGAAGCGACGACAUAUGUAAUAAGACGUGCAGAUAGUUAGACGCGCGAGUCCGUAAGGAGUGUCCCACUCCUUGCGUGACACUGCACUUGGGUGACACCGGCCAUGUGAAGAAGAAACUGAUGCCACAGAAUUUUUCGCGGUCUGCAGGCUCACUCAUUCGACGCGGACACAGACUUGAAGAAACCUCAUGGCAUUGUUUACUGAUCCACUUGUGUGUCUCGAUGAGGAAGAGGUGCUGAUCAAACGAGCGACGAGGAUUCGGGGAUUCUUUACAUAUGAAUUCUGGUAACCUAGGAAGAAUUCGCCCUGUCUUAAAAUUACAACUGAUUAAAAAAACCGGUAAUUUAAAUAAAACAAGGAGAGCAAUAUGUCAUCCGAAAUAAGAAUAAAUAAUUAAUUUUGUA